AUGGCCGCUCGCUCUCGCGUCGUCCCACUCCUGGCCACGGCCGCCGCCGGUGUGGGAAUCGGCUACUGGGUCUUUGACCCGCUCCUCCGCCAGUACAAGGAGGACACCCACGGCACCUUCCAGCCGCCCCCGCCCGGCGGCGCGCCUCUGCCCAACCUCAAGGACGGCGCCCACCCCAUCGCCGUCCCCAACGGCGCCAGCCUCGAGGAGCGACACCCGCACACGCUCCACGACCGUCCCCCGCUCGGCUCGGCCCCGGCUCGCGGCAUCAGCGGGCCCGGCGGCAUCAUUUCGCGCGGCGGCACCGACCUCAAGUCGGCCGAGCGCGGCGCACCCAUCCCCGGCGCCACGCCCUACGGCACCGUAUCCCAGGACCUGGAAAACAUCAAGUCCGGCAUCGCCAACAAGGUCCACGCCGCAGAGGACAAGGCCGGCCAGCUCAAGCGCGACGCAGAGGCGCGCCUCGAGCAUGUCAAGGAGCGCGCAGAGGACAAGGUCGGUUACGCAAAGCACCGCGCAGAGGAGACCGUCGACCACGUCCGCGACCAGACCCGCCAGUCGUACGAGGGCGCCAAGCAGUCGGCCGACGACGCCUACAACCGCGCCGCAAACGAGGCGGAACGCGCAAAGGAGGGCGCCAAGUCGUCUUGGUUCGGCUUCAAGAAGAGCGCAGAAGACACGGCCGCCGCCGGUCAGCAGAAGCUCUACAACGCCGAGCAGGAGGCCGAGGCCAAGCUCGCCAACCUCCGCGAUGGCGCCAAGGAGCGCCUCGAUGACGCCCGCGCCAGCGCCCGCAGCAGCGUCGACUCGGCCCGGCACGAGGCCGAAAGCGCCAAGGAGGGUGCCAAGUCGUCUUGGUUUGGACUCAAGAAGAGCGCCGAGGACACGGCUGCCGCUGGACAGCAGAAGCUCUCUAAUGCCGAGCAGGAGGCUGAGGCCAAGCUCGCUAACCUCCGCGACGGCGCCAGGGAGCGCCUCGACGGUGCGCGCGCCAGUGCCCGCAGCAGCGUCGACUCGGCCAGUUACGAGGCCGAGCGCGCAAAGGAAGGCGCCAAGUCGUCGUGGUUCGGACUCAAGAAGAGCGCCGAGGAUACCGCGGCUGCCGGUCAGCACAAGCUCUCCAACGCCGAGCAGGAGGCUGAGUCCAAGUUUGCCAGCCUCCGCGACAGUGCCAGCGCCAAGCUCGACGACGCGCGACGCGGUUCGAGGGACAGCCUCGACUCGGCGAGGUACGAGGCGGACAAGGCCAAGCAGAGCGCCGAGUCGUCGUGGUUUGGCUGGAAGAAGAGCGCCGAGGAUACGGCGGCCACGGGCCAGCGCAAGCUGUCCAACGCCGAGCAGGACGCAGAGUACCGCCUGGCCAGCCUGCGCGAUGGCGCAAAGGACAAGCUCGACGAUGCCCGCCAGGGUGCGCGCAGCAGCCUCGAGGGCGCGCGCGACGCCGCCUCGAACGCGCGCUACGAGGCCGAGAGGCAGUACGACCACGCCCGCCAGAACGCCGCCGAGGGCUACAACACCCUGCGCCAGAAGGCCGACAGCGGCUGGGAGAACCUCAAGGAGGAGGCCAGCGCCGACGCCCAGGAGGCCAAGCGGAGGCUGCACAACGCCAAGCUCAGCCUCGAGGGCAAGGAGAUGAACCCGCAGCCCAAGGGCGGCCUGUGGGAGUGGAUCUUUGGCAACAAGCGGGCCACCGAAAACGUCGCCGCCAACCUCGAGUAG